CCAAAGACACACCCAAGCAAAACUAUGGUCAACCCUUUAUAUAAAGCAAGCAGUGACUUUGUUAGGCACAGGCACAGGCACAAGGCACAAGAAGAGCUGAGAGCUAACAAUUCGCACUAAAAGAACCCUUGAGGGCAGAGAAUGCUGUCAAUGGGCAUCUCAUGCAUCCUCCUGCUGAUCCACAUAAUCAGCAUAGUAAAUGGAGGUAUCACAAAAGCCCUUGAGGGUGACAAUAUUACAUUAUCCUGUAAAGUCAUAGGCAGUGAUAUUGAAGAUAAAACAAACAUAAAUGCACUUUGGAAAAAAGAGACUGGUCAGAGGGUGAUCUGGAAGUAUUCUGGAGAGAAGAAAAUAGCUGACACUUUCCUGAGCAGGAAAAUUGACAUUAGUGGCAAUUUUUCUCUUAUUAUUAAUGAAUGUAAUCAAACAGACCAAGGGGUGUACAUUCUCUACAUCAAUAGGAAACAAUCCUGUAAAGUUAGGCUACUUGUCACUGAAAAAACAAGGUGUCGAAGGUCCACAGGUAAACGGUGUAGUGAUGCCAAAUCAUCCAAUGAUGCCAAAUCAUCCAUUGAUGCCAAAUCAUCCAUUGAUGCAAAACAAGAUCUCACCAAUAAGAAUAAUCCCAAUAAUAACCAAGACAAUCAACGAAGCAGUCACCUCCCAAUUGUCGGGGCAGUACUCUUUUUGGGAAUCAUAUGUAGCUUGGUGGUUUUACACAUUAAGAGAAAAAAUACAACUAAAAAUGACAAAUCAGAACAAGUUCUCAAUCCUCCUUGUACAGUCAUUCAGAUCAGCUGAGCAUCAGAAUUUAUCCUCCGUUUUAAUCCAAAAUGUAAUACUAAAGUUAAGAAUUAGAAAUGUAAAUAGUUACUCAAAUCUAUACAGUUGGUGUACACGAACUGUUGUAAAUGUUGUAUCAAAGAAUGAUUUAAUGUUAUGUUUCAAAAAUAAGAAAAACAAACUACAUGAAUGUCUAAAAAAGUUAAUGUAUUUAUAUGUAUAUUCAUAUAUAUGGAUCAAAUAUAUUAAUCAGCAUGUACAGCCAUAUUUAAAAAUUAUCUAUAACCAUAAUUUUACACCUCACAGUAUGUAUAUAAUUUU